AUGCAGAAGAUAAAAGAAGACAAUGAGUCUACUUCAUCUUCAUAUGCAAUGGAAUCUGCAGCAUAUUAUUCACCGAGUAGCGGAUCGAAAACACAAAAUAUCGACCAACUAAACGCGACAACAACCGACGAUCAAAGUAUGCAGUCUGAGAAUUCUAGUUAUUCUUUAGAAGCAUCAAGUGGUGACAAAACAGUAGAGGAUAAAACGCCGAAUCUUGAAAACAAGUCGCCGUCGAAUAUGAAGGUGUUAGAAGACAGAAUUAUCGCUUUAAAGCUCGAGAUCGAGGAGUUAAACGGUCAAAAGGGUGAACAUGGACAGGUGUAUAAAAGGCAUGAUGAGUUUCAUAAAGGAUUGAAGGAAAUAUCAAACUUUCAGUAUCAGCUUGAGUUUAAAGAAAAGGAAGGUGAAGUGUUGAAGAAAAUCGAUGAGUGUGAGACGUUUUUUAAUCGAAAGAUUGAGGAAUCGAUGGGUCGGGUGCUAAGUUUGGAAACGGAAGUGGAUUCUUUACGGGUUCAGAAUAAGAACUUAUCGCUACAAAAAGAACAAGAACUGGAGUCGUUAAGGAUUCGAAAUGAAGAAUCGGAAUUCGAGCUUGGUGAAAAGACGAGAGAAGCUUUGGUUUCGGUUGAAAUGUUGGAAAGUUUAACGGAGAAACUACAGCAAAAGACUGAGAACGAAGCGGGUUUGGUCGAAGAAAGAGACGGGUUAAAACGACAUGUUAAAGAUUUGGAGAUUAUCAUUGAAAGUAUAAACGAUGAAAAUCGUAUGUCGAAAAAUGAGAAUGAGAACCAAAGAGGUACAAUAUCCGAAUUGCGGGAGAAACUCGAAGAGAAAGAUAGUCGAAUUUCGGCUCUCGAAUUAGAGAUUGAAGGUGUCGAGAUGGAUCUAUCGGACAAGGUGAAAUCGCUUGAACAAAAGGACAAAUCGUUAGAAAUCGACAAAAUGGAAAUCGCUGAAUUGCGGGAAAAGCUCCAAGAGAAAGAUGAUCGAAUUUCGACUCUCGAUAAAUCGUUAGAAAUCAACGUAAUGGAACUCGAUGAAUUGCAGGAAAAGCUCCAAGAGAAAGAUGGUCAAAUUUCGACUCUCGAAUCAGAGAUCGAGAGCGUUAAGAUGGAUCUAUCAAACAAGAUCAAAUCCUUUGAACAAAGGUACAUAUCGUUAGAAAUCGACAAAAGGGAACUCUCUAAAUUGCAGGAAAAACUCCAAGAGAAAGAUAGUCAAAUUAAGGAUCUAUCAAACAAGAUCAAAUCGUUAGAAAUCGACAAAAUGGAGCUCGAAGGAAAAAACGACGAUUUAGUAGCAUCACUAGAGCAAAGAGAUAUGGAGGUAAACAAGUCAAACAACGAAGCGUAUUCCAGUUUCCGAUCCACAGUUAAGAAAAUGGGAGAAAUGGUGGAUGAAUUCAGAAAGAAAUCCGAGGAUAGUUUCCGUAUCUUGGGUAGAAGAAUCCGCGUGGCGGAGCAGCUUCACAACGAAACCCGAGAAUGGUACGAAAAAACCCGAGAACAAAACGAGCAAGACAGAAAAGACUGCGAGUUAGCGUUACAUAGCAUCAAGAUUAUAAUGUCAAUGGUGAGUGACACAUUAAGCGUAUCCGAGACGUUUGGGCUUCGGUUUGUUGAAUGUUGUGAGGCUUUCACGAAUCGCGUCUCGAAAGUGUCGUGUGAGAUAAAUUAUGUUAAAGAUUGGAUGAAAAGAAAGAAUGCUGCUUUGGUACAAUUAAAGCAAGAUUUUGAUGAACAUGUAGUUCAAUUGGAUGAGAAAGAAAGUGAGAUUCUUGUGUCAAGACAAAAAGUGUUGAAACUAAAGAGCAAGUUAAGGGAUUUGGAGAAGACUGUCAAGGAAGAUGAUGAAAAAAUUAUUGUUUUGAAAGAGGAGAAAAGAGAGGCAAUUAGGCAACUUUGUGUGUGGAUUGAUUAUCACCGCGGUCGAUCUGACUUCUUUAAAAAGACGUGUUCUGAGUUGGUUGCUCGAUACCAAAAACCGGGUUAA